AAUGACAGUCAGUGACAGAUCGCAAACGUUAAAAAAUAAAUAAAAAAAUACGUUUUAUAAAUAAAUAAUAAAACUUAUUAAAUUAUUUGAAUCGUUAAUAAUAAAUAUUUAGUGUAAAAUAGAAGAAAAUGGUGUUAUUUCUUUCUUUAGCUGUCAUGUUUUAUUUACCGGUUUUAUUCCUAACCUAUAAAAUCAUAAAUUGCUAAACAUUAAAAAAACUUCUAAAUAAAUACAGAAAAAUGUUAAAGACAAAUAAACGUGGUUCUAAAUCAUAUAAAUCAUUACCAAAAGACAAAUGUAAAAGAUGUGGUAAAUUAUGUGAUCCAUAUGAAAAACCAGCUCUACAAUGCACUGGAAAUUGUUCAAAAAAAAUACAUCUUCAUUGUUUAAAGAGAAAAAGUUUUUCCAAUUCAUUUGUUGGUGAUAUUUUUUUUAAAUUAACAUGCUCCGAUUGUGAUAGUUUAGGUAAUGAAACAUUAAUACGUGAAAAAAUGUCCUGGUCACAGAUAAUUGUACUCGUCUUAUAUAAUUUAAGAGAAAAAUCAAGUGGUAUCAGUAAGAGAGGAUAUUUUCAUUGGAAAUCUGACAUUAGUACAUUUGUAGAUCGUCAUUGGGAUUAUUUAUUUACAAAACAAAAAAAACAGCCAAAACAAUGGAUUGGUACAAUUUCCGGUACAUUGUCUCACAAUACGGGAACUUAUUUUAAAUCAGGUUCAUCUGAACUUGGUGAAACUGGAUGGUGGAAAUUAAUUUCUAAUGAACCACCGGAAAUUAUUAUGCAUGCGAUUUUAGCGAAUAAAAUGGAACAAAAUAAAACUGUGGAACAUGUGCAUAUUGUAAAAAAAGAAUGCGAAAGUCCUACGCCAUCAGAAUCGAGUACAUCUCUUGGUGACGAUAAUAAUUACACAGUGGAUACUUUAAAGAAUCAAAGAAAUUCAUCACCGACACAUUUUAAUGAAAUUCUUUCUGAUUUUCUACUCACUGAAGACGAUUUACAUGAUAUGGAUAUGCUUGACACAGAAGAUGGAAUUGAAAUGGACAAUAAACACGAAACAUUAUCGCUUGCUGAUUUAAUAAGAAAUUUUCGAAAUCAACAUUGUCAAUUUGAUCAAAAUAAUAAAACCGAAACAAUGGAUUAUAUGUAUGAAGAUGAAAAAAGUACAAACAGCAAUGACAAUGAUGAUUUUGUAAUUUGUGACGAUAUUAAAAAUAAUUCUCUAAAUGAACAAUAUUCCGAAGAAAGUUCUGAUAGUUUUGAUUCAAUUCAACCACAAGUUCAUCCAUCAUUAUUUACAACUUCAGAACAACGUCCAUGGCCAUGGGAGAAAAAUUACAAUAAUAAAUAUAAUAAUGAGCCAACAUCACGAAUCAGUGAACGUGAAGAAACAUAUUUAUUGCAACAAUUAAAGAAAAGUAAUUUAAGUACAGCGCCAUCGUCCAUUAAACGACUACAUAGAAAAUUAUCAGUUCGAAAAUUAAAAAGAGAAUAUAGUUUACGAAUUUUUGAUUUAGAUCAAUUUGGAAAUUCAUCGCAUUCUUGUAUUCAAAAUAAGGGUAGUAGAAUUUUAGAUCGUUUUGUGAGUCAUCAUUCGAAAGUUGGUGCUUUUGAACAACGAUUACAAGGGCUCAAUGAAUCGCCAGCGAUUAAUAGUCCCUAUACAAAUAGACUUUUGAAACCAUUUAUUCGACGUGAUAUGACAACAAAACCCCUUUGGCUAAAGCUACAAGAUGAACUCUUUGCUAAAUUAAAUAAAAAUAAUUCUAAUUUGACAAUUCCAACAAAAGCACCGAUUGAUUAUUCUUACAUUAGACCACAACACAUACCAGCAUUGAAUAGUCUUUGUAAUCAGUUCUUUUGGCCUGGAAUUGACUUAACGGAAUGUUUGCAGUAUCCAGAUUUCAGCUGUGUAGCUUUAUAUAAAAAAUUAAUAAUUGGUUUUGCAAUAAUGGUACCAGACGUCGCUUAUAAUCAAACUUAUAUUUCCUUUUUUUUAACGCGACCAGAAUGGCGUAAUUCGGGUAUUGGUACAUUUAUGCUUUAUCAUUUAAUUCAAACUUGUAUGGGCAAAGAUGUGACAUUACAUGUUUCCGUCACUAAUCCCGCAUUAAUUUUAUAUCAAAAAUUUGGAUUCAAAGUAGAAGAAUUUGUACAGGAUUUCUAUGAUAAAUAUAUUCCGCCCGAUUCUCGAGAAUGUAGACAUGCCCUAUUUUUACGAUUGUGUCGUUAAUAUUCGAAAAAAAAAAUUUUGUACAACGAAAUAUGUAAUAAAAAUUAUAAAUUUUGUUUAACUGUUA